UAGCUCUAAAGAGAACAGCGAGUAGCUCCUGAAACCGCGGCGGCCGGAUGUGGGGGUGCGUCACUUCCGGGCGGUGCAGCAGCGGCCGCUCGGAAGAUGGCUGCGCCCUGUGGCUCGGAGCUGCCCACCGACUCGCCGCUGAAGAUCCCCAAGAUGGAGGUGCUAUCCCCGGCCUCUCCGGGCGGUCUGAGCGACGGGAACCCAUCCCUGUCCGACCCUUCCACGCCCAGCGGCGCAUCCCCGCUCGGGCCCGGCAGCGCGGCUGGUUCGGGGGCAGCGGCGGCGGGGGCUGGGGCCGGGGGACUGGGACUGGGGGCCCGCAGCGCCGCCUCGUCCUCGGUCUCCUUCUCCCCCGGCGGCGGCGGUGGGGCCGCGGCUGCGGCCGCCGCCGCCUGCCGGGGCAUGUCGUGGACCCCAGCCGAGACCAACGCGCUGAUCGCUGUGUGGGGCAACGAGCGGCUGGUGGAGGCGCGGUACCAGCAGCUGGAGGGAGCCGGCACGGUGUUCGGCAGCAAGGCCCCCGGGCCAGCCAUGUACGAGCGCGUGUCCCGGGCCCUGGCCGAGCUGGGCUACGAACGGACCCCCUCCCAGUGCCGGGAGCGCAUCAAGUCUCAGCAACUUUUGAAGACCAUCUCCUAAAUAGAGGGUUUGGAAACUAUGGAGAGAAUUACACCUAAGGAAUUCAUAAAUCCUUGAAGUAUUGAAGUAAUGCUACUCCACUUGCAACAAUUCCUAAGUCAGGCAAGUGUUGCUAAGCUGCCUUUGUUAAUUAAUUUGUUUAAUAGUAAGGGAGAAUAAAAAGCUCUACUUCUUUUGUACUUUAAUCAAAGCAAUCCAUACUUUACUAACAAAUGACUAGACAGAAAAUUUUGAUAGGAUGUUGAAAACAUAUUGAAUUGUACUACUGAAAAUACAUUCAGAAAUACAUUUAUCUUCAUAAACAUCUUUUAAGGGAAGUAAUAGAUUCAACAAACUUGAGGUUUUUAAUUUUGAUACAAGCAAAUGACUAACCAAAUGUGGAAACUAAGGGACUCUUUCCAUAGAUUAGAGUGGUUGAUUUAACUUGUUAUCUAUUAAAAAUUCACUGAAAAAGAAAUUUGUGUAAGGCAGAAAUGAAAAUAUACUUAAUAUAGUAUGUCAAAUUAGUGUAAAUUGCAAGCCUUGGAUAGAUAUUUUCCCAACCAUCCUAAAAUCUGUACCCUGAUCCGGUAGGGUGAAUUGUCUACUUGAUAAUUUUUAAUUCAUCAUAUCAAAUAAAGACAGAUAUUGAGUUGAUCCCAGUUGGAUGUGGCUAAUAAUAUUUAGUUUUCCAACAUUCCAUUUCAAGGACAAGACAGAAUUUGGAUUUGAUGUAAAUAUCUGGCUAUUGCUGCAAAGAUCUGUUGAUCUUUUAAAAACGAUUCUAAACUCAAGUAUAAAUCAAUACAAAUAAAUAAAUAUGCAAGCAUUUUACAUCACCUCCUUAGAAUUUUAUAAAGUAGAACCAAAUAAAUUAAUACAAUAAACUAGCAAAAAUAUGUCUUGCCUUUUUUCCAGUUCUAUCUUAAGUUCACUAGCUUGGUUUUUGGCUUCUUUUUAUAUCAUUGUACUCAAUAAUUGUAGUUCUGGUGACUUUUUUUUUAAUCCUUACCUUCCAUCUUAGAAUCAAUGCACAAUGUAUUGGUUCCAAGGCAGAAGAGCAAUAAAGGCUAGGCGAUGGGGGUUGUGACUUGUCCAAGGUCACACAGCAUAGGAAGUAUCUGAGGUCACAUUUGAACCCAGGAUUUCUGGUCCCUAGACCUAGCUCUCAAUCCACUGAGCUACCUACCUUCUAAUUCUGGUAAUCUUGCUUUGUAUUACUUUAAAUAGAUCUUUUGAUAUUUCCUUAUAUUUUUCAUAUUUGUCAUUUGUGUAACACCUUUUUAUGAUAUAAUUUUCCACACUAAAGUUAGUGUGGAAAUAUUUAGUAAUUUCAUAAGAUCUGACUAUUACUAUUAUUUUCUUAUGAAAAAUAUUCAUUUGCCAAAAAAGAUGAAAAUACCUGUUCUUUAGGAGCCUAAUUUUUACUUAUUUCUUGGUCUUUGCAAGCCCAUUUAUUCACAUCUGUUUAUUGAAUGAGUACUAUGCAUAUAUUUAAAAUACUAAGUUCUCUGGGUGAUACAAAGAAAUAUAUUUAAGGGACUCCAUGGUUUCAUUAAUAUGGAUGCUUUCUUAAUUACAGAAGGUUUCAACAAAACCAUGCCUUCUCAUCCUGUACAUUUGUUGUCUAUGACCUCAUAGGAGGACAAAUCACCAUAGAGGAGUUCCCCACCUUUCUGAACCCAGCCUUCCUCUAGCUUUGUAAAUAUCCUUUGUGUUAUAGUAUAUACUUAGUAUAAUUUGUGUAUAUUGUAUGUAACACUAGAUCUGUGUACUUGUAAUUUAAUGAAAUAAAUACCUCCUCAGAUUGAGUAUAAAGUAGUAUUUAGUUAUUUCAAAGGAUCUUCAUAUUAUCUAAUUUGAUCCUUAAGAAGCCCUCUUGAAGUAGUUUUGUUUCCUCUGUGUUUUUCCAGAUACACUGAAUUCUUUCCUAAAGUAAGUUUUACAAUCUAUUUUGGAAGAUAAAAUACACCUGAAAAAGAUGAGAAACAAUACAAGUCAGUGAAUUCACAAUGUGUCUUAAAACAAUACAUAAUUAAAUUCUAAUUGAGCAACUCAUAAUGAAGGCUAUGUUCAGAAAAGAAGAGAUAAUGCCACAGUUCAUACUAUGUUAGCAAUUCUUAGCUUUGACACUUUACCCAAGCUCUUUGAAUUUAUAAAAAUCAUUCACUAUUGAGCCAGAUGCUGCAUUCACACUUCUAGUCAGUUAAUCUGAUGCACUGCAAAACUCAUUCUCAAGUCCCAUGUUUUUGGGUAUUCUCCAAAAAUUUGCCUCUUGAGAGUUGGCUUUAUGCCCAUGAAGCAGAUGUGCACUUCUAGCUUGCUUACAAGAUGAAUGCAAGGUGAAUGUGACAUAAAAAACUUGUCUUUAUUUUAAAAUAGUGGGAUGGGGUUUCUACUUACUAAUCAAAAUGAAUAAUUAUUAAGGGCGAUUUUUGGAUUAAUUAAAAAUAAUUGUCACAAUACCUAGAAAAACUUAUGAUUCAAUAGACAAAUCACCACUUUGUCUUUAGUUUUAGCUGUCAUUCCUAGCCAUCUUUUCUGAGAAUCAGUGAUUUUUUUUUUAAAUCAAUGAUUUUUAGGGCCAAAAGUUGCCUUUGCCCUUGAACAUUUUAAUUGGGUAUGUAUAUAUCCUUUUCUGGAUUCUACAAAGACUAUCUGCAUUUUGAUGUAAAUUUUUCCAAGAACUCUCAAGUACUACCGAGGUAUAUAUGAUUUAAUCAAACUUCUACUUUUUGCCUAUUCUAUUUAAUUUAAUCACCUCACAGUAUAUUCACUCUUAGGCUUGUCUUUUGAGACUGAGAGAGAUAUAGUGAGUGCCCAGAAUGAGUAGACUGGUUAAAAUAUUGUCUCAUACAUUAAAAAAAACUUUUAAAAUCAUAUCAAUAGGCUUUUUUUUAUGAUUUGGGAAUCAUGAAUGAGCAAGAUUAUGGGUUUACUUUUUAAACAAAUUUAUGAGGACUGAUAUAGAAUUAAAUACAUUUGUUUUAUUUUCAGAAAACCUAAUAUACAAAAAAUAAACUUGUAAAGAAUAUAGACUAGGGAAUUACUAUGUAGAUUUUAGAAGUAUUUUUUCUCUUACAAAAGAAUUCAUCCUAUUUUUUGUCACAAACUCCUUUGAUUCCUAUGGAACCUUCUCAAAUGUUUUAAAUACACAAAAUACAAUACAUAGAUUAUUCAGAAAACUGAUUAUGUUUUAAAAGUUUUAAAUGUUUAAAAUGUUUUAAAAGUUCAUGUAUUUCAGAUUAAGAAGGCUUGCUACAUUUAAAGUCAAUUUUUAAAAUUCAUGUACUAAUAAUACAUAAUUUUAUUUAGCUGGUUACAAAGUACUUUCACACAAAUUAUCUCAUUUCGUCUUUAUAAUAAUUUUUUAGGUAGUUGGUAUUAUUCUCAUUUUUACAUACAAAGAAACUAAAGCUCGGGUUUAGUGAGUUGUCUGAGAUCAUAUGACUUUUCAAGAAACAAAUCUAUUAUGUAAAAUGAGACUCAUCUGAGUGUAAUGACUUGCUACAGUUUGAAUAUUUUGACCCAUUGUAUUUAGUAAAGGGUUUAGGGGGCUUUUGAAAAAAAAAUUCACUUUGAAUUUGCUUUUUAGAUUUUAAUAAGAAUAUACCCAACAUAUUGUAUAGAGGAACCCUGCCAUACUCAUCCCUUGUUAUCAGAGAUCACCAUUUAGCAAGGAACUAGUAUGGGAUGAGUUUCAAAUUGUAAGCUUGACUGUGAAAGUCCAGGAAGCACCAACAGAACUAUUAAUUAGAACUAUUGGUUCUAAUUAGAUUGUCUGUAAAAUUGAUCUGCAGAUAUCACCUGGAAACCAAUCAACUGAAUUUUGUAAGAGUAGAGUAUGAAGGACUUGUUAUUUCUCUUUUGUCAGUUUUGUCCAUUUCCAUAACAGGUUCACUAGAGGGUAUCAUAUGAAAUUUACAUCCAGAUAGAUAUUGGCUAUUAUAUCAUCACAUUGAUCUGUACUCAUACUUUAUAGAUUACUUUUAGAGCAUAAGAAGUUACUUUUCAAAGUAACCGGUGCAAAUGCAAACAAAAACAAGAAAGAAAAAAGUAUAAUGCUUAAAAGCAAGAAACUUGAUGAUGAUAAGCUUUUAACUGGUUAUCCUAUUUGCACAGAUGUUUAGUGCUAUCUGUGUAUGCGUCUGCAAUAUAACUGCUACAGUGAUUUUUCUACCCUGUGUUGGAAAUUGUUUACCAAAAUGUUAAUCUCUCCAUGUAAACUUAAUUAGUGCUGACUUUGGAGUCAGGGAUUCUGAGUUCAAAUUUUGUUUUUUACUACCUGAGUGACCCAAGGCAAAUUACUUUACCUUUUUGGGGCUUCAGUUUCUUCAUCUGUAAAAUGAGAAGGGGUAUUGGACUGGAUAAUCCCUUCAUUGGCACCUUCCAUCUCUUAACUCUGUGAUCUCACUAAAACUUAAUGAAUUGGUUCUAAUUUGUAUAUUUUUCAUCUUAGCUUAGCUUCAUCUCUUUAUCUAAGUUUUUCCUAUAUUACCUGAAUAACUGAAAGAUGACCAUUUCUUUACAUUAGUAUAGUUUCCCCAUUUGUAGAAGAGAGCUGAAUGAGAUCCCACAGAAAUGACAUACAUACUUCUCUAAGUCUUCCAAAAGCUUAAUGUAGUGCUAUGCCAUAUUGUUGCUCCCCGGGAUUGGUUGUGACUGAUUAGCUAACAUUCUGAUAUUAUACUUUUUAGGAGUUUCUUUUAUCAUUAUAAACAUAUACACAUUUCUAGCCCAUUGUGUUAAAAUAGUUAACUGUUCAUUGAAACUGAUCCUAUAGGCAAAAAUUUACCUGAAUAUAGUUAUAGAGUUGUACCCUUUCUUUUGUAAACUUUAUAGUUACAAUUUAUACACUCAGCCUUUAUUAUGUUAUAUUUUUAAAACUCUUAGCAUUUAUAUUUAACCCUUCCCAUUUCUGUGACUAAACCAAAUAUCUUUUUAAUUCAUAACAAUUUAAAUUUAAUAAAAAUUAAUUCCUGAAGUGGAAAAAGCAGUUUUGAUUUAAAUUCACUUUAAUUUUAAUAUCUGCAAAUUCAUUUCCUUACAAGAGAAGAUUUGAAUUGUAAUUAAAGGAGGAGGAUGACAGACUGGCACUUUUCUUGCUCAUGAUUUUGACCUUUCUGCUACUUUCGUACUUGGUGGUGCAAUUGAGAGUGCUGGGCCUGGGGUCAGAAAGACCCAAGUUCAAAUGUGGCCCCAGAUAUUACCAAAUACCCUGGGCAGGUUAUUUAACUUGGCAUAUAGUAAGUGUUUAAUAAAUGUUUAUUGGUUAAUGGUAGACUUAACUCUUUUGCUCCAGUUUCCCUGACUAAAAUAGGGAUCAUAAUGGCUCCUGCUCUGCAGAGUGGUUGAGGUUCAAAUGAGAUAAUAUUUGUAAAAGUGCUUAGCAUACUGUCCAGCAGAUGGUAGGAGGUAUAGAAAUGCUUAUUUCCAUUGUUUCUCCCUUUUCUCCCCUAUUUUAAAAUGUCAUUAAUAUAUCUACCUACUUUAGAGAAACUUGACACAAUUCUGAACUUUUUUAAGGGAAGAUUUUAUAUAAAUAUUUAGAAAGUUUAUGGGACAAAUGAUCUUUAUUAUUCAUAUGACUUAGGAGUUAGUCUUUGAUGGUUUUUGAGGACAUAAUGAGAAAUCCCAGUUUUCUCUGCUGAAUUAAACUUAAUGUACUUAUUUUUUCUAUUGAGUAUUUCUUUCCCCUGUAUAUCCAACUGCCUCUGGAUAACUAGCAGCACAGUUCUAGUUUCUUAUGAUAAGUAAGCUUUAAUCUGAGUUUUAUUUCUUACAAUGCUGUUAGAGUAAGAAGACAUGUAGAUAAGUAUAUUUCACUUUAGAGUAUAAGUGACAAGUGUACAAAGAGGACAAAGUAGAUCAUAUGAAGAAGAGGUCAUGCGUAAUAUGGGAGGUAUGAGCUGCCUUAGCUUUGUAUUACUUAUAUCAUCUUUGACAAGUCAUUUAACCUUUUUGAACCUUUCAUCUUUAAAAAAAAAAAAAGAGGCAAUUAGACUAAGGUCCCUCUAUAAAUCCUAUCAUCCUAAGUCUUGGUCUGUGUACUUUCCUUUUUGAUCUUCUUGCCCAAGUCUUGAAAAAUCUACACAUUGAAGAGUUCCAAGUUUUCUAAUAUAAUUUCUCAGGUAUCAGGGUUCUUUUUUGAAUUAUAAGACAGAGCUCUUCACUAAAAUUAUCUUUAAUUUAUGGAUGGCAAUUUAUUGAAGCAAGUGGUGUUAGGGCUGGAUUGCCCUACUAUAAAAACAUAGGUAGGCAAAGUAAAUUAAAAAAUUAAAUAGUGAUAUUCUUUAAAUGUAAAAAAAAGAAAAAUGUCAUUCAUGUUUUGGGUUGAAAUCCUGUUCUGAACAAUCUUUGUUAAAAAACAGUGGCUUUGUAGGUUAAAAUAGUUCAUCUAGUUUAUGAUCAAGAAACACUAGACAGUGCUAUAAUGGUAGAUCUCUGGUGUUACAUUUUAGGCUGGUGAUUGAACAAAAUUUAGCAAAAAAUAGGAUUUUCACAUAUGGGAAGCACUUGAAAUUUAAUGCUUUCCUUGUCUAUGCUUACAGUGUUUUAGGUAGUAAUAUUAGGUAUAUUUGUAAUAGAUAUCAAAUUUAGAUUAGGAGCAUAGAAAUUUCUUUGAGUAUUACUUAUAGGGUACAUCAGCAGGACAGAAGAUAUCUAGUAAUGUAUUGGCAUACUUUUUAGUAUAUAUAUAUAUUUAGCAAUAGUGCUGAAAGUGGAAUGACAUGGCAGAUGAUGUAAAAAGUUUGAGAUGAGGUAGCAGAAGGUUCCUUCAGAUUAUUGAUAUAGUUAACUGUUGGUGACAGCUUGUAAAGUAGCUACCUCAGAUGGCUGAACUUCUCUGUUCCCAAUGUAUGUGAUCAUUCAAGGAUUUCAUCUCCCAAAAUAACUGUUAUAUUCCAAAGAAUCCCUUAAAUAUUAACUCAGACUUGCACAUUAAGCUUGGGCCAUGUGUAGCUCACUGCUGGUACUAAUUGGCUAAGAGAUAACUAGUAACAUAUAUAUAUUUGAGAUAUUGAUUCAGUUUAUAGAAUGUAUGUUUGCUAGCUCAUUACUGUAUUGUGCAUAUUUUGUUGGAGUUAAAUCGGAAUGAUAGUGUUGAUAUACAUAUGGAUAUCAGGAACCAUUACAGUGACUUCAUAGGUUCUAUAGCUUGCCCAUAAAUCAUUGAUAUCCUCUAUCAGUUUGCUUACUUUUCUCCACCUUUUCCUAAUAGCAUCUCUGUCUUGUUUGAAAAUGUCUCAUCAAGAAGGGCAUACUCUUUAGUUCUACUUUUUUUUCUGUAUUCAAUAAUAUUCUUCAUUUCUGUUGAAAAUAUUUGAUAAUACUUGUUUCCCUAUUGUUUUUCUAGCAUUUUUUUCUGGGUAGACUCCCCUAUUGUCCUUUUAUUUUGUGCCUUGAAAGUAUUGAUGAAGAGUUCAAAGAAUACCAUCAUAGUAUUUCUUCCUUAAAAAGCCUCUAAUAAGUCCUUACUAUAAGAUCUUUACUGGGAUAAUUUAGUAGAAAGGACAUAGGAUUUGGAAUCAGAGAUCCUAGAUUUGAGUCCCAGGUCUGCUAUUUACGAUUUAUGCAUGUGAGAGACCUUGGGCAAAUCACUUCACAUUUCUGGGCCUCAGUUUCCUUAUCUGUAAAAUUUAAAGUUUAAAUUAGAUUAGGGUUUCUUAACAUGAGGACCCAGUAUGUGUAUGCCUAUGUACAUGUAUUUCAAUAUUAGUUCCAUUCCUUUGAAAUUCUUUGUAUUUAAAAAAGAUUCUGAAAAGGAAUCCCUAGGCUUCAUCAGACUGCCAAAAGUAUCUAUAACCCCAAAAGAACUAUUAGAUUAAUUUUAGGUCUCUUCCAGUUCUAAAUACUGAAGACCUAUGCUCAUUGUUUUAGUAGGAGACUUUGGAAGUUGAAGUGUAUCCCUGAUAUCUUUUUCCUAUCUCUUUAAAAAUAAUAAAUAAAACUUGUGAUUAGCUCUUGAGGCAAAAGAGGAUAUUGGCUCUUAUAGUAAUCCACAGUCUCCUUUCCUCAAGAAUUCUCUCAGAAAUCAAAAUAGACAUACACCUAAUAAGUCCAGAAAACACCCCCAUUAAACCAGUUAGCUAAAGAGGAGAGUCAGGUAUUGACUGGUUAUCAAAGCUGACACUGGAUACAAUGGAACAAGAUUCAUAUCCUACUUGUGUCUACUACCUGUAUGAUUUGGAGAUUAAGUCAUUUAACCUCCCUGAAUCUCAGAUUCCUCCUUUGUAAAAUAAGGGAAAACAUGAAAUGACCUCUGAAUAUUCUUCAAGCUCUGGAUCUAUGAUCCUGCUAAACUUCUCUUAGGAAGAUUUUAUUGACAACUAAGAGAACAAAUGGAUAUCUAGGAGUAAUUGGUAUUAUAUCUUAUGAAGAUUGUGGUGACAACUGAAAGAAAAAUGUAGAAAUAGAGGCUGUAUGUAGGUGAACUUGCACAGAGGCAGAUUUAAACUUAAUGUAAGAAAAACUUCCUUAUAAUUAAUGACAUGGGUUGCUCAGGAUGUUGUAGGUUUCUCCUCAGUAGAGAUUUUAAGCAAAGAUUGAAUACUCAUUUGUGAGGAUUUUUGUAGAGAAGAUUUUGGAGUCAAGUACAAGUUAGGGUAGAUGGACUCUUAUAUCCUUUCCAUCUUUGUGAAUAAGGCAAUGAUCGUGGCAUCUAUGUUCCCAGAAAAAUUUCAGCUCUGGACAGUUCCCCAAAGUUACUAAAGCUUUAAACAAGAAACUUUUUGACAAUGGUUGUCAUUUUUCAACUUGACCUUAUAAAACCAUAGGGUAGAAAUCAGCUGAUUCCUUCAUUUUUAUAGUAAGAAUAGGUUUUUUAUUUGUUUGUUUGUUUUUAGUUCUUUAACCCAUGUUUCAAAUAUAAGAAGCUGCAAGGUUUGGAUGACUUAUUUGAAAACUGUUAUACAGUUCUUUCAUGCUUCAGGUAGGAAUCAUGUUACAUGAUCCCUAAAGUCCCUUCGAACUUUGAAAUCCCAUCAUUCAGCCAACCUUCUUGGAAUUAAAAUAUAGUAUUUCAUUGCUAAAGAAACAGUUUUCAGAGAUUAUAGGUACUGUCUAAACAGUCUUCCUAGAUAUCGUUUGCUUUGAGGAAAUGAAUUUAUUUUCUUGUUACACUUAUGCCUAGUUUUUUCUACCUUUUUUGCUCCUACUUUUCUUAAUGGGUUUUAAGAAACUCUUACUAUUCUCAGAUUUUGUUCUGUAGUAUACCAACAAUUGUGUAGCAGAAGAACAGAGACAUAUCCAACUUUAAUCUAGCCAGAUAACUCAGAUGAAGUUGACUAUGGUCUAAGAAAACUUUCUGCUAAUAAUUACUUUCAUUUCUUACCUAGAAAAAUUCCAUUUCUUCCCUUUGCUCCUCUUCCCUUAAUUUAAAAUUAGCUUCUAAGGAUUUUUAAAAAUUCUUAAAUAUUUAAGAUAUUUUUUAAAAUUCUAAGGAAUUUUUGAAAAAUCCAGUCAUAAUUUAACUAUUAAACAUUAUGUCAUCUUUUAAUACCAGCCAAAAACCUUUUUGGGGAAGUGUCUACUUGAUGUAAUUGGAGCCUGUGUUGCAAUCCAAAAUUCUCUCACCCCUCUUCCUCCCCUGGAAAGGAUUUUUUAAAAAAAAUUAUAUUGUGAAUUUGCAUAGUAAAAGAGAAAUUUGGCAACU